AAUUUGAUCAAUAUGUUCGAGGGAUACCAGCAACGGCUACACCGCAACCGGAAAAUUUUGUACCAGGUAUAUAUAGGGGAUAACGCGUUUUUCUCCCACGCGUGUCCUCUGGCGCGCAUUAAUUAUAUAACCGCAAGUGAGAUGAAAAACUCCACAUGGACACACGGAAAUACCCUUCCCGCUAGGGGAGACGUCUCGGCAAUCACAUGAACAAGAACUUAAUGUACAAAUUGUGUUUGUAGAUUGCAUCAAGGAUAUUCUAAUUCUCUGGGAUAACUCGUAUUCCAUUGGCAUAGGAGCCUUCACAGAUAAAAUAAGACCUUUUAUCAGAAAACUUAUAAAAAGUCCACGACUAAACGUAGGAGAAGGUGGUACCAAUAUUGGCGUUGUUUCAUUCAGUACACAGGCCCAAACUAGGCUGUUGUGGGACGUUACAGACCAUCCAAAUGAAGACGAUCUCCUGGCUCAGGUCAAUGCGAUGAACUACAAUCUUCUCAAGGGAGAUGGCACAAGAACAGGCAUUGCUUUUAAAAAGGCAAAUGAGGUAAAUAUAACUACAAUCUUUGACAUAACUUUCCCUGUAUACAAUACUCUCAUACCCCCUAUGAUAAACUUCAUGUUGAGUCCCACCCAACUCAAUGUUGAGCUUGUGUCAUGGUAAAUUACCAAAAGUUGUUUUGGCGUUGUUUACAACAUUGAACUGGGGGGAGGGACAAAGUUCGUUUCGUAAAAUGUUCAUUUACUUUGCAAUAUUGGCUGGAAUGGUCUCAAUGGUAAUGUCCAAGCUUGUAGAAUAAUUAAAUGACUUUCAGACCAAGGAAAACUCAGAACAACUUCCAGCCAUGUGUCCUGAAAUUGAGGAAACAUUUUUUCCGCAGAUGAGCAAAAAAGGGAACAAUUUUUCCAAAAAAUGUUUCCUACACGUCAGAAACCAGCAACCAUUGUUUUCCAACCAUGUUUUCGGGAAAUUGGACAUAACAGGAAACAUUGUUUCCAAGAGAUGUUGCAAAAGGAAAAAACAGGAAAGAUUACCCGUAGAGUACAUAACAUCUGAAUGAAUUGUUCCAACACAAUAAAUUUUGUGCGACUGAACAUUGCAACAUAUUUCAUAUUUCCAGCUGUUUUCUGACAAAAGCCCAUACAACUACCGACCAACAAUAGGCGAUGUGGUGUUUUUAUUCACGGACGGAGAACCCAUUAGGCGACUUCGAGAACCGGAUAAUGAAGACAGUUUCGGCUUCAGAUCGGAAACAGAAAUGGCUACUUAUUAUGCUGAGGAACUCAAGAAAAAGAAUGUUACCGUGGUGGGACUGGCUGCCGGACAAGAAGACAUUAUCGACAAAUUUUAUGAUGACCUCACUGAUUGGUCAAACUUCGUGUUUAAAACGGAAUUUACUGAACUUGAUAGUAUACUGGACAAAAUUGUCAGUGCAUCAUGCACUAGUGCAGGUGAGACUAUUGCUACAACUAAUGUCGGUUAUACAAGAGACCACCUGUGAGUCGGAUCAUAGAUGAUCCUGCAUGCCUCCUCCACAGGACCUGGAAAGGUCACGCACAAAUUCUGCAGGGCCAGCGAAACCUUGUAAAAUAUUAGUCAUUACUAUUCAAUUAAAUAUGCAGUAAUAAAUUUAAAUAAUUAACUAGCGAUCGUUUCAGCCAAUCACAGUGCAGCUUUCGGCCAAAAUCGUAACUGACUGGUCAGUUGCAUUUCCCCUUAGCAAUGCGUAGCAAUCAUUGCAAUCUUUUAUAAAUUAAUUGGAGCUUUUAAGCCUUCAGGGUAAACUUUUUCACUAGUUUUAGUUCUUCCACCAAAACGCUAUUUUGUCGUUAUGGAAUAACAUAUCCUACAUGCAGACAGCACUUUUAAAGUGCCCCUGACACAAAAAAAUUUUUUCAGUCUAUUGAAAGUACUCAUUUAGUAUAGUGUUAUAGCGAAAGAAUUUUUUGAUUUCAUCAAAACGAAAAAAUUUUAGAGCCGUUUGAACACGCAAAAUUUGGGCUUUUGGUUGGCAGGCGUCCGUGUUCGAAGGAAACUGGAACGAGCGAUUUUUGUUACGUCACGCAAGUGAGUCGGCGUAUAUUCUAUUAUUCGACUAUACUAGCACUAUCAACUCUCGGCGGAUAUAUAGGUAGAUUUGUGAUCGAAAAAGAUAUGCCUUUUUACUGUGUUGCAGCUAACUGUACCAAUAAAACAUGUUUAAAAGAUGGAAUAAGUCUACACAAUAUUCCAUACUUCAAUGACGAACACGCGGAAGCUAAAAGACGAAGAAAAGUAUGGGUUGAUUUUGUACGCGCAAAGCGUUUGUUUGUGCCGCCCGACUUCGACUAUAUGCUCGGAUCAUUGUAGAACAGAGUAUUACGAGAGGCAAUUUUUUUCGUUGCCGGGGCUCGGCAAGCCUAACUAUCUGAAGCUAAUAAAGAUUGACGAUGAUUUGCUUUGUUUUGAUGAUUCAAUUUGCAAUUGUAUUUCGGUUUUGCGGCCAGCUAAAAAUAUAAAUAUUUUGUAAUACCGAAAUAAAAGAUGCAAAUCUGAAGACACAAGCUUGAAAAUAACCCUCUAAAUAGUGUUUUGGAUUCCGGUUCGAAUAAGACUAUUACGAAAAAGAUAUGUCCAAAGGGGCCGAAGUUAUGGUCGGCUAAAUGUAUGGCUACUUUACAUUGUUCGAGACUAAUUGAGUAAUAUAAUGAAUUAUGACACCGCUUGACCUCUCAAAGGUGACCAAAGGUCAUAAAUAGCUAUUUGACGUACAAUUUGACUAAAACUAUAUUUGACUAAAACUAUCAUUAGAAAUAAGGAGAUUUUGUUUCUCUGAAUCGAAUGGUAGUAAUUUUGUCUUCAUAGCAUGCACCGAACCGGAGAUAUGAACCUUGCAAAGUCAUAGAACGUCUACGUUAGUAGGAAGCUUAUUAAAGAUGCGCCAAAUCUGAGAUAUGGCGCGACUAAAAGACAAUCGCUAACAUAAAUGGGAGACUAGUUUUACUUUGUUUUUCUCGUGUCCCUGACUUUGUUUACCAACAACAGUUUUUAUCCGUGAAGUGAAACUGUGAUAAUAGCGGCAGUUUUUCGUCACGUCCGCGUCGCAGAUUUGGUAAUAUUAAUGAUACCACUACUAGAGACCUGACGAGAUGCUACAGAUCAGCAUUUUCCAAUACAACAUAUUAACCAGGUAUAAAAUUCGCUCCGGAAUCAUCGGACUGAUUCUGUUGAUUCUGUUGACAUGAUACUUAAUAGAACUUAGAAUAUAAAAAGUUAAACACUUCAGCAAUCAACUGUGAGCUGAUUAAAACAGAUAACUUAAAACAGGCAUCAAGAUUCGACUCACUUGCGUGACGUCAGAAUAAAUGCUAGUGCCAGACUUCUGUCGCCGACGGCCAUUGGCCAAAAAUAUUUGGAUUCAAACGGCUCUAAAAUUUUUUUGUUUUGAUGAAAUCGAAAAAUUCUUGCGCUAGAACACUAUACUAAAUGAGUACUUUCAAUAGAAUAAAAAAAAUGUUUGUGUCAGGGGCACUUUAAGCAAACACAUAACAGUUUUAGAACAAGUUUUUAUAAAUGGCGGUGUUGAACAAUGUAAAACAACGGUCAAGUACUUUCUUUCUUUACAAUUAAUUAUUCCAUUUGCCCCAUAUUCCUUAAAGUAUAUUGUGAAAACUAUAUUUACGGAAAAAGAUUGCGUUUUCAAACUAAACUGAAGAUUGAGAUUCACUGUCGUACAUCCGUACAGAAAAGUGCUUAAAUUAAUCCCUGGCAUCCAAUCUUCUUUGCAGGAGAAUGUGGCUGUGGUGAACUGAAUACAAAGGCCUAUACCAAGAAGGGAAGAGACGCUAUAGUUGAGUGGUUACCACCAACCCUUACAUGUACAACGCGUCAACCAACCAUUUCGGAAACGAAGAUCAGCCCCAAUGGUUCCAAACCUGGCCAGAGAUUUACAGAAGGCUUACAUGACAUUAUUUAUAGCUUCACAUAUCAAGAUGGUGCCAAGCUAAGGACCCGACGCUGUAACGUAUCUAUAGACGUUUUAGGUAAGUCAAUGAAUAUCUACAUACCAAGCAGGGAGUCAACCUCGCAAGCCAGGCUCUCUACUUCCGCUCCCCUCCCAAACACGCUGCAGCGUGAGCUGCUGAAUAAUGUCUAUAACUUUAACAAGUCAUUUCUUUCAUUUAGCUUGUGAGUGCCCAACUCAAACCGUUAAUGGGGUAAUAGGACCUUCUAGUACCCAAGGUCUAGCCAGUUGGAAAAUACCAGAACCAACAUGUCCAGUAGAACCAAAGCAACCGAUAACAGAGCUUAAUGGUUCGUUUACUAAAGGGAAACACACAGUGCAAUAUGUCUAUACUCACACAAGUGCCAGCAAUAUCUUUGAUAUAACAUGUGAUGUGAAUAUCAACAUGGAAGGUACGUAUUAAAUGCGUGAUGCCCAGUGAGCUCUAUAUACAUCUGGAGCAAAAACUUCAGCCAUUCGACUUAUGAGAAAAGUGAAGUCAAGAUGGCAGCCAUUGACGUCCAAAUAGCUCUGAAGGUCGUAAACAGUUUUUCUUGUGCCAUUUUCCCCCAGCUAAAUCCAGUUUUUUUAACGGACCGUAUCGUUUAAAUUGAAGUCAAAAUACGAAAUUUUGGCACACUCUUUGCAAAGAUGGUGGAAAUUGAUGAGCUAUAGGACGUCAGUUCCAGUCCCUUUCCACUGUUUUGUCUGCGCGGCUUCACUUUUUGGACUCGAGUUCCCGCUCCAGAUAUAGAGCUCACUGGCGAUGCCUCGGAACUGGCAUCAUCAAUACCUCUGCCAGGUUGUUAAUGUUUUUUAUCGGCGUUUGUAUUUCCGCAUGUGUGUGUGUGGAUUUUCUGCCUGUCAGCAUGAUAAGUUAUUAAAAAGACUUAAAAAGUGAUUAAAUUUGGAUGGAAAUUGGAUAAGAAAUUAGCAAAACGUUGCCUUGCUUUGCUGAGUAGUGUAAACAGAAUGCACAUAACUUAAUAACGGGUAUACUACAUCAAUGCCCUCAAUAGUCGUUAUGAUACAGAUGAUCCAAGAACGUGGAAGACAAUAUGUUUAAGAUGUAACUGUCUUCCAAAUAUGAAUAAUGAAAUAGCUUACUGUAGCUGAAGGUGAUGUUGUGCGAGACAAUUUUUGCUGCGACUUACAGCAUGGAUUAAUCUGUGACAAACUCAUGUUAUCCAAAAGGCACGACAUUCUUUAUUCUAUUACUUUCACUUUCCAUCCUUUAAGAUUUUUUAUCUACGGGUUGUGGCGGAGGUUGCCUCGUGUAGCAUGGCCUUUACUAUUCAUAGAAUUUUAUUUUAUAGCUCGUUAUUAAGAACCAACAGUAUAAUUGGUUUAUAUACUGUUGUUGUGACCCCGUCAUUCGCAGUUAGAUUCAAUGAUGUGCAUGUUCUGCUGUUGUAAUGUCAUGUAUGUAUAUGUACGUUUGUGAUGGCGAAGUUUAAUAAAUAAAUAAAUUCGCUGGCGAAGGCAUGCAGUCUUCUAGUGCGCUCUAGUUAAAAUGUGGCUUUUCUUCAAUAUAAGCAUUUCAUUCAGAAAGCAUGUAUACAUGCUGAACUUUAGGUUAAAACACUGAGAAUGUAAAAGCAAUCUGUUGUUCGGAAGCUUCUGAAUGGACACUAUUAAUAUAAUAGAAAUAACUGGGGUCGGUUCUAUAAAACUCUUAGUUACUUUUUUAAUCACUAUUUUGUAGUUAAAUAGUGAUUAACUCUCAAAUAAGCGCUUUUUAUUGGAUGACGUUUGCACAUAAUCAUAGUUAACUUUAAUCACUUUUUUAUACAACCGGCCCCUGGUCUUUACUAGAAACCAAGAAUAUUCCUACUUUAUUUCUUUAUUUUGUUUGUGUCUUCCUAGCCUGCAAAUGCCCUCCAGUACAGACAUUUAAAGAAAUAUUAAGACCUGGUGAGAGCAAGGCUUUCGUUACGUGGAAGGAACCAACUCCUAAUUGCGGAGUGACGUUGGAGUCUUCUGAUAGUACUGCUCCAGACGGAUUGUUUACUGUUGGAAAACACACAAGACAAUAUACAUACCGUCAUGAAACUGGCUUUAGUAUGACUUGCGAUGUAAAUAUUGAAGUGGAAGGUAUGUUUCUCGGUGAUUGGACAACACAACACAACACAAUACAACACAAAACAAAACAACACAAAACAACACAACACAACACAAAUGCAUUUAAGAACGGUAAAAUCUUCAGCAUAUAUAGAUAUCCUAACUACCAUACAACAACAACAACAAGAUCUGAAAAUAACUACAGCUGGUUUACGAUAACUACUACAGGUUAACGCUUACAUUAUUAUGAUACUCGUCUAUAGCUUUCUUAAACUGUGAUAACGAUUGAAGCUUUCGUAUAUCAUGAAGAAGACUAUACCACAAUAGAACCCCACUAUAACAAAAGCUUUGCUUUAAAGUGCAUAUGACAUGAAAUUUAUUAUUUUCUUAAAUGAAAGAACUCUUUAAGCUGUAGUGUAACUUAUAUUUCAGUUUCUUGUUUUUAUGGUUUGUUCCCGAGAUAUUUCAAUUUGUUUGACAUGUAAAUGAGUGUGAAUAUGUCCGCUAAUUUAUGACGUCACGUUGGUUGCAAGCUCCUCAAAAUGGUUGAAUAUCACUGCUAUCAUCCAAAAUGAUAACUUCAAACUUCUCUCACUGGUAAAUGUGAUGAAACACUGGAGAAAAAUGUGAACUGAUAUUUUCAGUUUUUAGAGUUAAUAGAUUUAUAGCCAGUGUAAGUUGAGCUUGCAACCAACGUGACGUCAUAAAUUAGCGGACAUAUUCACACUCAUUUACAUAUCAAACAAAUUGAAAUAUCUCGGGAACAAACCAAAAAAACGAGAAACUGAAAUAUAAGUUACACUACAGCUUAAAGAGUUCUUUCAUUUAAGAAAAUAAUAAAUUUCAUGUCAUAUGCACUUUAAAUAGUUUGUUCGCGGCUUGGGCAAAUUUAAUCUCAUUUCAGAGUUUCUUAUAGGUCGUACCCUGUGCCAAGAAUUGAAAAGAAAUCACGUAAAUAAGAAGGCGUAUUUCUUUAAGUGUUUUAAAAAUUAGACCAGCCUUCUCAACAAAUGCUCUCCAAAACUAUAUAUAUUGGAAUUCCUGAUCAUAAGCUGCUAUCUUUUAGUGAUUUUACGAGAAUAUUAAAGAGGAGGGAAUAUAAAAGGGAGAGUAAGCAGUGAAUAAUUUAUAUCUCUAACAUGUUAUUUUUUUCAUUUAGCUUGUGAAUGCCCAACUGAAACCGUUAAUGGGGUGAUAGGACCUUCUAGAACCCAAGGUCUAGCCAGUUGGGAAAUACCAGAACCCACAUGUGCAGUACACCCAAAGCAACCGAUACCGGAGCCUAAGGGUUUGCUUACGGAAGGAGAACACACAGUGCAAUAUGUCUAUACUCACAAAAGUGCCAGCAAUACCUUUGAUAUAACAUGUGAUGUAAAUAUCUACAUGGAAGGUACGAAUUAAAUGUGUGAUGCCUCAGAAGCUAUAGCAUUAUAAUCUCCGCCAGGAGGUUAUCAUCUCAUGCAGUUAAGAGCCGCGUUUGUGUGUUUGUUUGUCAGCACGGACUGAUAGGAAAAUUUGUGGGACUAGUGGAUAAAAAAAAAAAAAAACAUUAAAAAAAUAUCAAACGUACUAAAUAGGAAAAUUUGUGGGACUACAGAUUGUUUAAACUUUGGUUAAUAAACUUGGAUGAAAAUUGCAUGAGAAAUUAGCAAAAGUUUGCAUUGCUUCGCUAUGCAGUGUGCAGUGUAAACUAAAUUCGUAAUUAGCCCAUUGUACAAUUUAUGUACGGUACAUAACUUAAUGCACUGUGGAGAUAUGCAGUCUCCAAGUGCCCUCUGUAGUUAAAAUUUCCCUUAAUAUAACUAUUUAUUCAGAAAGCAUACAUACUAAACUUUAGGUUUACUUAAUACCACUGAAAAUGCAAAACCAAUCUGUUGUCCGGAAGCUUCUGAAUGGAAAAUAUUAGUAUAAUACAAACAACUUGUUUUUAUUAGAAGACCAUGCCCCGAUAUACAAGUCAGAUCUACUUCAGCUGUACCAAACACUGUUGGGUUUUAAUAUGGGAGUUUCUGCUGGAUUCAAGUUAUUACGCGCUACAGAAGAAAUAUACUUAAUUCCAAUACUUUAAUUCGUAUUUUUUUGUGUCUUUCUAGCCUGCAAAUGCCCUCCAGUGCAGACAUUUAAAAAAACAGUAAGCCCUGGUGAAAGCAAAGCUUUCGUUACGUGGAAGGAACCAACUCCUAAUUGCGAAGUGACACUGGAGUCUUCUGACAGUACUGCUCCAGAUGGAUUAUUUACUGUUGGAAAAUACACAAGACAAUAUACAUACCGUCAUGAAGCUGGCUUUAGUAUGACCUGCGAUGUAAAUAUCGAAGUGGAAGGUAUGUUUUGUUACUUGGAGGGCUUCUUUUAGCAUAUACACUGGGAGGCAAGCAGUUUCCCCCACCCCCGCCCGGUCCUACCCCCACCCCCGCAAACGAUGUUGGAUUCCCAGUUAAGGUCCCUCAAGUCUAAAAUGUAAACAGAGUGAGAAGAAAACUUUGUUGGCAAGAAUGUUUUAAUAUUCAUAUGGAUAAACCUCUUUCUCAAUUAAAUAUGUCAAAAAGGUGUGUACGUCGGAAAAUGCAGGAAAACAAGCCCCAGAGACUCAAAAUUUCCUAAGGGUCUUCGCCACUGAUCCAAAACUGGGUCUGGGCAAAGCAAAUUCUUGAAUUCAGUGCUCCUGAGCAGCCAAUUAUGACGCCAGAACAGUAAGAACGAGAAGGAUUUCUAAAUGUAUCCGGCUAACUGCCCGUAACGGAGUUUAUGCUAAUUUGCUUUGUUAAAAGGCUAUACAGUAGCUAGGGUUUCACGCUUGAAAAAGAAAAAGAUGAGCUUAGCUGGUAUCUUUUAGUGGGUAUAAGGCAUAGGUAUAGGGAGUGCAAACACACAUCAAAAUAGCUCAGGACUGCAUGACAUAGUCAGCUAAGACCAUAAAAAUCUGGGCCCACCGUUAUCGUUAGUCUAGGUCUGGCCCAACCCAAUCCUUGGAAACGGCAAAAACCUUGGGGGAAAUGUAAUUAAAUCUUUAUUCAAACAAUUUGAGUAAAUUUGAAACUGGAUUAAUUUUACUGAAAUUUUGAGUCAGGUGCAAUAUUUUAAGUUUUUGAGUAUGGUUUUUUUUUGCAAUGGUAGCAUGGUGAACAAUGUAAAUGUGUUACAAUUACUGGGGCAUUGCUUGGCUGAAGUUACGGCUCGCAAUGUAGACAUGGCCUUGGAGCAAGUCUGUAAAAACUAUUUUCUUUUCUUAUACAGGAGAGUUAUGCCGUGGAAAGGCAAUCAAUCCUGAUACCGAGGUGUGCUGCUGUGGGGAGGUACAUCGCGCUCAAAGUGGCUACAAGUGCUGCGGCGUGGAAUACUAUAACACGUUGGCACAUGAAUGUUGUGAUGAAAAGAGAGCGAAUGUCAUGCCGAAAGGAGAAAGAUGCCCAAAUGUCGUUUAUUAAAAUAUUACGUAAAAUAGACUUGAACUAAAUGAUUUACGUCGCAGAAGAACUGUGUACUUGUAGUUCAAUGUAUGUAUCUAUGGAUAUGUCAUUUGUGUUCAAUUUAACAUAAAUUAUGUUGUUGCAUGUAGACAGCAUAUUAUAUCAAUACCUAAGUAAGUCUUGCAUACAGUUCUAAAGUAAGGAGCAUUAAAAUAUGAAAAGGUCAAUUGCCAAUUUUCAAUAAUGUACAGUAAUUCUUAUGCAGAGAAUUAUGGAGAGACCAUACGUUAAUAUUAGACGUACUAAUUAAAAAUUAAUAAACCUUUUAAAGAUACUGUUGGCUGCUAAUUUUUUUAUAUAUAUAAAGUAGGUAAUUGGACAAGUACUGGUGUUAGAUAUUGUUUGGACUAUAAAAUGAGAAGAAGCCCCUGACUAACCCCCCACUGUUGUUUAGGUGAAAUAAUUAGCAGACCAACAUACACUAACAUGAACGACUGGCCUCCUUUUAUAUCAUAUUUAUUGUAGUCAGUCAAGACCUUGUACAAACCAAUUGCAGUUGAGCUUGCAGCUUGCAUUUUAAACGCGUUGUUACAUCGUUGUUCACAACAUGCAAUAUUGAACUCAUUAUACGUUUGUUUGUACGCCGUUCAGAAGCUUAGCAACGCGCGCAAAAAGUUCACGUUACGCCCCAAGCAAGGGCGUGUUUCCACUUCCCAAGGAAUGAACGCAUACCUUUCAACGAUGUAACAACGGGUUUAAAAUGCAAGCUGUAAGCUCAACUGCAAUUGGCUGUAUGAUUGAAUGAUGAUUAAAUUAGUACCCAGCAAGGGGUCGGUUGUUAAAAGUUGGAUUAACUUAACCCUAGGUUAAUUAAUCUAAAAUUCAAAGCAAUCUUUCUGACUGCUUGUCUAUAAAUUUGGAAUUAUUUCUUCAGAGAUCUUGUCUUGAUCAAUACUAGGAGUUUACUUCUCUGAAGUUUUGAAAUAAACAGACGUGCAGAAAUAUAGAAACUACAACAGCAGGUAAAAUAUUAACCCAGGGUUAGCGCUAACCCACCUUUGAACAACCGGUAUCUAUAUCGAUAUAUAUAUAUAUAUAUAUAUAUAUAUAUAUAUAUAUAUAUAUAUAUAUAUAUAUAUAUAUAUAUAUAUAUAUAUAUAUAUAUAUAUAUAUAUAUAUAUAUAUAUAUAUAUAUAUAUAUAUCUAUAUCUAUAUAUAUAUCUAUAUAUAUACAUAUAUAUACAUAUAUAUACAUAUAUAUACAUAUAUAUACAUAUAUACAUAUAUAUACAUAUAUACAUAUAUAUAUAUAUAUAUAUAUAUAUAUAGAUUAAUCACUAGGCGAAAAGCCAUAAAGGUAUAUAAAUUAAUCAACACAUAAAUUGGGUUCGCCUGUUAAGUAAGAUUAUAUUUGAUGAAGACAAUAAAGUCGAAACGUUAAAAAAAAACGUUAUGUGUUGAUUAAUUUAUAUAUAUAUAUAUAUAUAUAUAUAUAUAUAUAUAUAUAUAUAUAUAUAUAUAUAUAUAUAUAUAUAUAUAUAUAUAUAUAUAUAUAUAUAUAUAUAUAUAUAUAUAUAUAUACAUAUAUAUAUAUAUAUAUAUAUAUAGAUCUAUAAUUGAGGCUGUCAAUUUCCCGUUUGUAAUCUAAAAUGACUGACUUUGGAAUAUUACUAAUUUUGUGAUGCUCUUUCAAGCUAUAAUGAAAUUUUUGUAGAGAUCAAAAUUUAGUCUAUUAGGGGCCAUUCACAAAGGAUGUCCGAGCCGAGGGGGGUAGGGGGGUUUGGAAAAUCAGGACAAACUCGGACAUAGGGGGGGAGGGGGUUUUAGCAAUCCGGAUGUCCGAAAUUUAAAAAAAAUUCAAAAACAAUUUUUUUUUUCCCUCUAUUUUGAGCAGUCCUUCCCAUUGUGAAAUUGGCAUUUUGACUAUGCGGUUAACACUAGAUUUUGUUUUAAUUAGUAAUUUAUAUGUUUUUGUGUUCACAUUUACAGUUAUAAAAAAGUUCUAAAAGUAAAAGUUUUUUACUCUUGAUAUAUACAAGAUUGCAUGAGUUUUUGCGAGGCACGGCGGAUGUCCGGGGGGAGGGGGUCACUAAUUCGGACAAUGCCGGACAAGGGGGAAGGGGGGGGGGGUCUGAAAAUCCAUCAUUUGGCCGGACAUCCUUUGUGAAUGGCCCCUAAAUAUGGUAAUUGGCCAUGGCCUCAAAAAUAUUGAUUUAUUUUUAAUGUUCUUGAUUGCAGGGAACGUUAAGCAAAGAUGAAUGGGAAGCUACAGGUUUGUUGAAAUAAUUGUCAGCCGUGCUAGUGAGUAAAUAAUUGAUGAGGAAUUUAUCCAUCUGUGAGGAAAAUUGCCGUCCUUCUCAAGUAUAUUUGAUUAUUUCGUGUGGAGUAUAAAUUGUCCUCGCAUAUGUAAGUCCUCAUAUACGUAAGUCCUUGUACGGGCGUAAAACUCGAACCAAAUGUGCAGGAAAUCCCACUUUCCCAGUCCAAAGAAGGAAUAUCCAGUUCCCAUUUUACCCCUUCAUGACCCUCAAAUUUGCUAGGGUAUAUUUAGCUGUAAAUUUAGCUGUAAUGUAAAUGUACCAAUGUAAACGGGCUUCAUAUCUCGGCAGGGCUGUACAUGGUCUUCGCGUUCAAGAAAGCAGAGCCGGAACCCAAGCCAGCUCCAAUGGAAGAGGUCAAGACAGACGUCGACAAAAUGGAACAGUCUGAACAGCAGUCUGUUGAGAACGACAGCGACACAAAAGGCGAGGAGAAGAUGGAAGAGGACAAAAAUGUCGAAGAACAGGACACUGAGACGAAAAUGGACCAAGCUGAUGGAAAAGACGAGGGCGACAAAAAAGGCGAAGAUGCCGAAAUAAAAGACGAAGAUACGGAAAUGAAAGACGAAGAUGCCGACAAAAAGGACGAAAGUGCCGAAGUAAAAGACGAAGAUGCCGACAAAAAGGACGAAAGUGCCGACAAAAAAGACGACGAUGUCGACAAUAAAGACGACAUUGUCGACAAUAAAGACGAUGUCGACAAAAAGGAAGAAAGUGACGACAAAAAAGACGAUGUCGACAAAAAAGACGGCGAUGUUGACAAAAAGGACGACAGUGCCGAGAAAAAGGACGGAAGUGCCGAGAACAAGGACGAAAGUGUCGAGAAAAAGGACGAAAGUGCCGAGAAAAAGGACGAAAGUGCCGAGAAAAAGGACGAAAGUGCCGAGAAAGAGGACGAAAGUGCCGAGAAAGAGGACGAAAGUGCCGAGAAAAAGGACGAAAGUGCCGAGAAAGAGGACGAAAGUGCCGAGAAAAAGGACGAAAGUGUCGAGAAAAAGGACGAAGUGGGUGACCAGGUGGAAAGCGGAGAAACUGCAAGCACAGAAGUUUUUCAGGGGAGCGAGGCUGGCAAACAAGGGGAUGUGGGAGAAGAAAAGAAGAAGCCAACACCACAGCGAGGAAGGAGAAAGCGGUCGGCGGGGGCAGCAAAAGAUGAGGCCGCCACCUCUGAAGGAAGCACAGAAGUGACACCAAAACGGGGAGGUAGGAAGAGAAAAUCGACCGGAGGAGCUGAGGAAGAACCGCCGGAGAAAAAGAAAGCUUGA